AUGAUGAAAAUAGAUCCCAGGAGGCUGGUAGGGCGGGUUUUCCCCAUAGUUCAAUGGUCGAGGUUGUAUGACGUGAACACCGCAGUAGGGGACCUCAUAGCGGGGAUUACCGUCGCCCUAACUCUCAUACCGCAGUCUAUAGCAUAUGCUUCGUUAGCUGGAUUCGAACCUCAGUAUGGCCUGUACGCUUCAUUUGCUGGUGGGUUCGUAUACGCGUUGCUGGGCACCUGUCCACAGAUUAAUAUAGGGCCAACAGCCCUACUUUCCCUUCUCACAUUCACUUACACAAACGGUACGAACCCUGACUUCGCUGUUCUUCUGUGCUUUAUCGGUGGCAUCAUUCAGUUGAUAGCUGGUGUCAUACAAUUAGGUUUUCUUGUGGAAUUUGUAUCACUACCAGUCGUUUCUGGGUUUACAUCCGCUGCAGCUAUAACGAUAGCAUCUUCACAAAUAAAAGGUCUUUUAGGUUUGAAAUUUAAGGCAGAGAAUUUUAUUUCAACGUGGAAAGGAGUUUUACAUCAUAUUAGUGAAACGAAACUAGAAGACACGUUACUUGGACUCUCUUGUUGUAUUGUACUUAUGGGAAUGAAGGCUCUAAAAGAUGUUCGUCUGAAAGAAAAGGACGAGAAAAGUCGUCGGUCAGAGAUACUACAGCGAUGUUUUUGGUUCGUGGGUGUAGCGAGGAACGCCGUGGUCGUGGUUAUAGCUUCCGUUAUAGCGUUCUUCGUCCACCAGGACAAAGAGGUUCCUCUUAUACUCACAGGUGAUAUAACUCCAGGUCUGCCAACCCCACAGCUACCACCUUUUAAGUCGAUGGACGGUAAUUCGACAAUUACUACGGGUCAGAUGUUAUCCCACUUGGGUUCAGGACUUCUAGUUGUACCCUUAGUCGGAGUAAUAUCCAACGUUGCCAUAGCCAAAGCCUUUUCUAAAGGUAAGACGUUGGACGCUACGCAAGAAAUAGUGUCACUCGGGGCUUGCAACAUUAUAGGCUCUUUCUUCCGCUCAUUCCCCGUGAACGGUUCUUUUACGAGGAGUGCUGUAAGUGAUGCGUCAGGGGUUAGAACCCCCGCGGCAGGAUUUUAUACUGGUAUAAUCGUUUUAUUAACUCUGGGUGUGCUGACUCCUUACUUCUAUUUCAUUCCUCGCGCCGCCCUCUCGGCAGUCAUCGUGUGCGCUGUUCUUUAUAUGGUUGACAUUGCUGUUAUUGGAACUCUAUGGAGAACAAACAGACUUGAUUUAAUACCACUAUUCGGUACAUUCCUAAGCUGUCUAGUGUUUGGUGUUGAGUUGGGUUUGGGCUGCGGAGUCGUGAUUGACGUUCUGCUUCUAUUGUACUACAAUUCAAGACCGAAGUUAAAUAUUAAAUUUGUCAAUGACGGCAAUCUUCCACCCCAUUACUCGGUAGAACCAGUAGGAAGUUUGAAUUUCGCUAGUGCUGAGAAGGUUCGUUUAACAUUGACCGCUUUAAAGAAAUCUAAUGAACUCACUGAUAUCAGGCUAGAUAAUAAUUUACGGGUUAUAAACGAUGGGAUCAGCGCUACAAGUGAAUCAAGACCGCGGGCUUGUAAUAUAUUGGUGGUGCAUUGUAAUUCAUUGGUCAGACUGGACUACACAUUUUUACAGAGCCUCAGUAUGCUGGUAAGCGAGUGGUCACUCCAUGGUCAUAUAGUAUGGUGUGACGCCAGCCCACGUAUACAAGAACAGCUUAAUAGCGUGUUACAUGACGUCAUCUCCUGUGAUAUUCAGUCUCUAUCUGUGGUACUUUUAGGUUCUGGUGAGAGCGUGUCACAGGAUAGCAACAUUCCUUCACACUACUCAACUCCAACUUCAAACUGGAAACAAAGGCAUGAAUCGGCAAUGAUUGCUGUUGUUUUUAAAAUUCAGUGUUCUUUCCAAGGAUGA